AUGUCGUCAUUAAUUCCUAUCGUUGGUGCCGCCCAGAAUUACGCCUGGGGUAAAUAUGGUUCCAAAUCAGCAGUUGCACAAUUCUCACAUAGCAAUGAUCCAUCUGUCAGUAUUGAUGAGACCAAGCCUUACGCUGAACUUUGGAUGGGUACACAUGCGAAAGCACCUGCAACACUUAAGGACAACAGAAAUAAACUGCUUUCAGAUGUUAUCGCCUCAGAUCCAUCUAAAUAUUUGGGUUCUAAAGUUCUUUCUCAGUAUCCUACUACUAAUGGUGGGCUUCCUUUCCUUUUCAAGGUUUUAUCUAUCAACAAGGUUCUUUCAAUUCAGGCACACCCAGAUAAGUCUCUUGGAGCCAAAUUGCAUGUAGCCGAUCCAUCGCAUUAUCCUGAUUCUAACCACAAGCCGGAGAUGGCAGUUGCCAUUACAGAUUUUGAGGCUUUCUGUGGAUUUAAGCCAUUACCGGAAAUUGAUGUUCUUCUUCAGAAGAUUCCCGAAUUUUACCAACUUGUGGGUGCAGAAGUUGCACAGACUUUUCAUGAUAAAAUAUCCUCCGCAUCCCAGGAAGAUGGAAGACGCCUUCUACAGAGUGUAUUUGGUAAAGUCAUGACAGCAUCUCCUGAAACAGUUGCAAAAUACGCCAAGAAGAUGGUUGCAAGAACCAAGAGUCAGCCUGAGUUGUUUGGCCCUGUUCUAGCGGAUCUUAUUCAAAGACUGAACAGUCAAUUUCCGGAUGAUGUUGGUCUUUUUUGUGGAUGUUUGAUGCUAAAUCACUGCUUCUUGAAUCCUGGUGAAGCCAUGUUUCUUCACGCCAAGGAACCCCAUGCUUACAUUUCUGGUAAUAUUAUGGAGUGUAUGGCAACUUCGGAUAAUGUGAUCCGUGCUGGGUUUACUCCGAAGUUUAAGGACGUUGACACUUUGGUCUCAUGUCUUACGUACACCACUAAUCCUGUUGAAGAGCAAAAGCAAAAGCCUGAAGACUUUGCACGCGGAACUGGUGAUGCCAAGUUUGCCCUUUACAAUCCUCCAAUUGAUGAAUUUUCCGUUUUGCAGGUGAAAUUUGAGGCUAGAAUCGGUCUUUCUGCUCAUAUUGCAGGAAUUCAUGGCCCUUCCAUUGUUAUAGUUACUGAUGGAUCAGGAGAAAUUGCAGUUAGGGGUGAAAAGUCUCAAAAAGCUGAACCAGGAUACAUCUAUUUUGUUGCACCAGAUGUUGAACUCUCUUUGUCAAGUUCUUCAUCAAGUUCUCCAUUCACUCUUUACAGAGCGUUUUGCGAAUUGGAGUAG